GCUAGCAGGCACUUUAACUGGUCCAGUGGGACGUACAGACAGUCAACUCCUUGAGGAAUGGAAACACUUCUAUCCAAUCAAUGGCAGCAACAUCGAAGCAGGACUUCCACCGUUGGUGGAAGUACUCGUUGGAGGUGUACGCAUGCGAUAUCCUUCCUGUUAUGUCCUGGUCACUGAUAUGGACGAUACUCCACCCGACACUCCUCUUUCUCCACCGAGCAGUCCUGCUAGCUGCGAACAUCCACUCUUAGGUCAACAGGAAUUACGAGCAGCUACAGAACUACCGGAACGCGUGUGGGCAGAAUGUACUUUGAGUUCACCGAUCUCUGCUUCCAAAACAGAAUCUUCCAUCGAACAAGGAACCUGGAGCUUCAUUGACCCAACACAAAAGUCUUCCUGUACCUGUUCAAAGUCUAUAUUGAAUAGAACAGAGGCGCCAAGUACACCACCAGGUGGACCUCCCUCUUAUUCAAGGGGACCACCGACAGGAGGAGAUUGUCUACCAGUUCCAUCUGUUGGCUCACCAGGUUCCCCUGCACCUUCACCUCUUCCAACUCCACAUUCCGAGCCAGCUUCUGUUCCACCUGCUGAGCCUACGAUGCCCACUCUAAGUCCUCAACCACCACCCAGUCAUACGAACACUGCCCCACCAUUAACCCCUUCGCAAGGUCCAAAGUCAACCUCCUCUGCAUGCAAUAAUCAAGUGCAUAGUCCAGCUCCUGGGCCAACUUUAAAACGACCAGUCUUAGUCUCCAGAGAAUGUGAGGAUAUGUAUUUAGAAAAUGAACAGUCAUUACCUUGGCUCUAUGAUUACUCUACGCAAGAAGCAUGGCUCAAUCAUCCUGUGAAACGUUUUAAGGAAUCUAAUAGUAGUCCAGUCAAUGUGCGGAGCAAUACUUUGUAUCCACCAAUGAAUUCCCAGGUUUCUCAAUCUCAGACUCCAAAAUUAGAAAUAAAACAGGAACCAAAUGUGAAUGUUGGAGAUUGCAUUGGAAGAAGAACAGAUCCUUACGAGUUCGACGCAACAGGUGACGAAAAUGGCGCAGGCGUCGAUGGACUUAGACGACAAAGAGAUGAUCCUACCAAACCGGGAUCUUUGUUCACCAGCGAAGGUCUUCAAGCAUCCUACAAAGAUUUAGACCAAAUCUUUGAUAACUCCGAUCCUGAUACUUCUAGCGAUGAAACUAAUUUGAAUCAGCUUCAAGUACAAACUCCGCCGGAAUCGAACAGAUCUGGUGGACUACACGAAGAAGCCAGAGUGGACGCCAAUAAUAGACAUAAUAACCGUGGAGUGGGUGUUCUACGACCAGAAGAACUGUCCAAAAUGUUCCCGACACCACCAUCCUUAGAGCAUAAUCCGGUCGCUUCACCUUGUCAGUUGAACGACCCCCUAAUGGACCAGACGGAACUUUCUGUACCUCAACGACCACUCAGGCAUCUCCCUGACAUCUAUCCAAACAUGGGAUCUCCCCAAGAAGAACCAAUCGACGAUUGGUCCUACGUGUUCAAGCCUACACCCAUCUGUAAGAUGGUUGGUUCUUCCAAGUAUGCUCCUCUCACGAAUUUGCCCAGCCAGUCUUUACCACCCGUUACACUGCCAUCGCACUGCGUAUACAGACCUUCCUGGCAGUGCAAUCCAGCACCCAACAGUUCAGACAAACCACUUCCACCUACUAGACCCGGUUCGGUUCAACAACAACCUUGCCCACCGAGUCCAGCACCACUGGGAGCACCCUAUCGCUCGGCAACCAUUUCUGGUAGGCCACCGCCGCCACCAUACGAUCAACCAAGCCCGGCAACAUCCACAACCUCUUCGUAUUUGAAUAAAAACCUGAAUAGUAUUGAAGCAGAUACACCGGGACCUACGCGUGCUCCAGAAUCGAACUCUCUUAUAGUAAACAUCCUAUUAGGCGACACUGCACUGAACAUUUUCCGCGAUCAUAACUUUGACAGUUGCAGUCUCUGCGUGUGCAAUGCAGGCCCAAAAGUAGUUGGCAACAUAAAAGGUGCGGAUGCAGGAGUUUACCUGACACAUUCGUGGUCAGGAGGAGCUCUAUUCCAAGAUGACGAUCAAAUUAGGUGUAGUUGCGGGUUUAGCGCGGUAGUGAACCGACGAUUAGCCCAUCGAGCAGGUUUGUUCUACGAGGACGAAAUGGAGAUUACCGGUAUCGCAGAAGAUCCUGCGGAAAAGAAGAAAGCAUCUUUGGUUGCCGUGGCAUGUGGUGGAGGUAAACCAUGUGAAGGCUUGGAUGUGAUACCACCGAACGUGUUGGAGUUGCUAAGGGAACAGUGUUUGAUCGUGCAAAGCUCCGCGAGUAGUCUGUACAGAGCAUCUAGAAUCUAUGCGUCAAUGAAGAGUUACCCUAUGCUCGCGCCUACAGUGAACAUGUUGGAGUUUAACGACGGAAAUGAAGUGUCGCUAGCGGCUCUCGAUCAGGGUAAAAUGGACGGUACGCACAACGAAAGGACUAAUCGCGUGAACGGUGUACAUCGAUGGGUGUUCCUUAGAGCAAAGGGUCCUCAGUGCAGCGGUGAUAUCGUUAGGAUGAUGAGAGCCCUGCAGCCGCUUCUGCAAGACGCGGUACAAAAAAAAUGUACCACGCGAAUGUGGGAAGCACCAUACACUGUCGCUGGUCCUCUUACCUGGAGACAGUUCCAUCGUUUAGCCGGUCGUGGAACCGACGAUCGCUGUGAACCUCAACCAAUACCCGCGUUGGUUGUCGGCUACGAUCGAGACUGGUUAUCUUUAUCACCGUAUGCCCUAAGUUACUGGGAAAAACUGCUUCUGGAACCGUAUGCCGGACCCAGGGAUGUCGCCUAUGUAGUGGUAGCACCGGACAGUGAUUGCGUCAUCAAUAAAGUGAAGUCCUUUUUCCGUGAGCUAUCGACCACGUACGAGAUCUGUCGACUGGGAAGACAUACGCCUAUUUCGAAAGCACUUCGUGAUGGUAUUCUCCGAGUUGGUAAAUCGUCCGUGCAAAAACAAGCCAAACUACAGAUAGAUGACUGGUUUAAAUUAUUAGGAGAAAAUCAAUUAGGAGAACUAUUACGGUUAUAUGCUCAAGUCUGUAACCACCGAUUAGCCCCGUAUUUAACGCAGGUUAUACAAGAUCGAAGUCUAUUAGAUCCUGGAGAUUUGCAGACAGCCAACAAACAACAACAACAGCAACAACAGCAGACAACUGUUCCUGUUACUGACACAAUGCCGGCUACUCCUGACGUAAUGACAAAACCCGAACCCGUUGAAGGAGAAAAUCCUAGAAGUGAAACUCCAUCAUCGAACACAGCAACAAAUUCAAAUUCCAAUACUGGUAAUACAACACCAACUUCUCAAACUGCCGCAAUACCCACUAACAACUCUGCUGGUCCAGAUGAAGAGGAAGUCGAGCCUCCGGCUGUGGUAGUGUAUUUGGUUGAACCUUUCUCACUAGGAGGCCCCGAAGAUCCUGAUCGCCGAAGACUUGCAAUUUUAGCUUUAUUACGGGCAUACUCAGCAGCGGUGAAUAGUAUGCCUGAAAAUAUUAGAUCCAACAUAAACGUUCAGUUAAUAUCCUUAGAAAGUAUAAUGGAGUUAGGGCGAGCUAGAGAAAGGCGAAAAAUUCAGGAUGAAAUGAGAGCGUUAGCGUUGAACGUUUUUCUACAGGGUCGCCGAUUGUUAAAUCACAAUUCUACGGUAAAAAGUCUUACUGGCUUUGGUACUGCUGCCGCUGCAGAUCUUUUCCUUAAGAGUAAAGAUUCUUAUAGUAAUACUCUUGCAACUCUACAUCAGGAACGGAACAGAGCACCAUACCGGUUGUACGCACCUGCCUAUGUGCUGGCUCCACUACGGGCAAAGAGCGAGGCACCCGAGUCCUUUGGGAUUGCUGGACCAGAAGAAUGCGCAGUACUUUAUCUGAGCUACUGUCUCAGCGAGGACCAGUCGUGGCUGCUAGCAGUCGCGACCGAUGACCGGGGCGAAAUAUUCGAGACUGCCACUAUCAACAUUGACAUACCCAAUCGGAAAAGGAGAAAACGGGCGUCAGCCAGGCGAAUCGGAUUACAGAAGUUAAUGGAUUUUAUUCUUAGCGUGAUGUCUCAGGGCGUGCAACCCUGGAGAUUAGUAGUAGGCCGCGUGGGACGCAUUGGACACGGCGAAUUGAAAGGAUGGAGCUGGUUACUAUCUAGGAAGGCGCUCUUAAAGGCAUCAAAGCAUCUGAAAGAAAUAUGUGGCCAAUGUAGUUUACUUUAUCCGUCGGCAGCACCUUGCGUUCUCAGCGCCUGUUUGGUUUCUCUAGAACCAGAUUCAACUUUGAGACUGAUGGCUGAUCAGUUCACACCUGAUGAAAGAUUUAGUCAAGCGUCAGUAAACUGCCAAUUAUCUACACCACAGGAUGUCACGUGUACUCACAUUCUCGUCUUUCCCACAUCUGCUACCACUCAGUCAUCACAAACUGCAUUUCAAGAGCAGCAUAUUAAUGGACCAGAUUUAGGGGAUGAUGAAUUGUUUUCCGCUUUAAAUGAUGACAUGCCAGAAGGUAUGGAAGGUAUGGGAGAUUUCAACGAUAUUUUCAAUGUAUGGCCAGAAGCUGGUGCUGGUGGAGGACAAAGCCCCAGUGGUAGUCCACAUCGUCCUGAAGGAUCCCCCUUAGGUGGAGAUGGCGGUGGCUCAGGUUUAGGCAAUCAUGACGGUCCAGGGAGCCCAUUCCCAUGUAGUAACACACCCAGAGUAGCAGUUGCUGAACAGGCAGAGGAAGUUGGGACGCUGUUACAGCAACCACUUGCUCUUGGUUACUUAGUAUCAACUGCGCCAACCGGACGUAUGCCACCGUGGUUUUGGUCAGCUUGCCCCCAUCUCGAAGGCGUUUGUCCAGUGUUCUUGAAGAAUGCCUUACAUUUGCAUAGUCCAGCAAUACAGCAGAACAGUGACGAUUUGUUACAACAACAAAGCGCGCUUACUGCUCACCCGCUAGACUCGCAGUACACCACCGAUGUGCUCAGAUACGUGCUGGAAGGGUACAAUGCAUUAUCGUGGCUCGCCGUGGAUGCGAAUACGAAGGAUCGACUAUCCUGCUUGCCAGUACACGUACAAGCGCUCAUGCAGCUCUACCAUGCAGCGGCAGCUCUCGUCUGACCCACACCCUCUCCCUUCGUAGUGCAGUAUGUGCACCUCUCUCACGCACUCCUUAACCAUACCAUCACUUGGGGCUUUACGAGAGCAACUGGUUUCCUAGAUCCGCCUUCAACCGUACGUUAGCGACUCUGAGAUUCCUCGAAUAAUUGGAAUAUAGGAUGCUCUUUCGACCAAUUGAAAUUGCAUCCUUCGAUGCAAAAAAUACCGAGACCCUUUUCCUUGCUCGGCUUCUUUUUAUUCUUUAAAUUCUUAUACAAUACGGUGAGUGAAUAAAGUCAUGUCGCGAUGAUACCUACCGUAGAUUCGAUACUUAUUGACAUAACAAUAAUUCCUUCUUUUUCUUUUUUAAUGUUCUUCUAUUCGUGUAAUUGUUGACAGGCGGACAAACCACGAAAUAAAAUAGAUUGUACUUUGUGUUUAACCAAUAAUCGUGACAAAUGAAAAGAAAAACACAAAGAUACUACUAAUUAACGACCAUGCAUUGCCGCAUACCAAAUGGAGUCUGAUGUAUGAAAGUGGGAAUUGAAUGCGAUAUUAUGAAUAAGAAAGAUUGAAAGAACGAAUGAAAAAUUGAGAGAAUGUCGUUAGGGAGGGAAAAAAGUGAGAACGAAAGACAACGCGUGGAAGAAAAAAAGAGUGAGUGUUUGUAUAAACGGAAGCAAAGGGGAAACAAAAGAGAGUGCGUUAAAAGAAGCUAACUUUCGAUUGCCUCUCUGUCGAUAGAUAGUUCAAUUACAAAUCAGAAUCUCUAGAAAAUUACGUAACCAAAACGUUUUUAAUUGUAAAUUGAAUUUUGUACAAAGCUUUUAUUAUUAAU